GUUUGUAGUUACUAGUCAGUAUAAGUUUCUCAAAUCGUAAUUCAAACUUUUUUAAUUUUAGAACUGUGGUAUAGUGAAAAUGUUAAAGAAUAUUAUCUAGAAAAAAUUCAAUACUUUUAUUUAAUUUAAAAGGUAAUUGUAUAAAUAAAAUGGAACAAAAUAUGAAAGAAGAAAAAAUUAAAUAUGACAUAACAGUGACAAAUGCUUUUAAGAAGUAUGGGCAAAAUAAUGUAUUUAACGGUUUAAACAUGACUGUGAAAUCCGGUUCAAUUUAUGGUCUGUUAGGUCCAAGUGGUUGCGGUAAAUCRACACUUCUUCAAUGCAUUUUGGGAGCAUUGCCAUUGGAUUCUGGUUAUAUUGAUUUACAAGUCAAAAGUUUAAAAGAUGUUGGAUAUAUGCCUCAAGAUUUAUGUCUGGAAGUUACGCUAACCAUAAAGGAAACCUUCGAAUACUACGGAUCACUUUAUAGAAUGAGCAAGAUAAAUAUUAAAAAUAAAUUAGAUGAGCUUAAUGAAUUCCUACAACUACCARAUUUAAAUAGUUUUAUUAAUGAAAUAAGUGGUGGUCAGAGUAGAAGAGUAUCUUUCGCCAUUAGCUUGUUACAUGAUCCCAAAGUUAUGAUUUUAGAUGAACCUACAGUUGGAAUUGACCCUUUACUGAGAGAAGGAAUUUGGACCGAAUUUAUGAAAAUGGCAAAAGAACAAAAAAAAACAAUCAUAAUAACGACUCAUUAUAUCGAAGAAGCAAAUAAAUCUGAUUGCGUCGGUUUAAUGAGAAAUGGAUUGAUAAUUGAAGAAGGACCACCCCAAGAUAUCCUUGUCAAAUAUGGUACAGACACGUUGGAAUCAGCUUUUUUAAUGCUUUGCUGUAAUCAAAGAACAAUUAUUAAAAAAGUUAACAACACUGUUCAAGUAAAAGAAAAAAUUCAACCAAAAACAAUAAUGGGAUCGGGAAACGUUAAUUUAUAUAGAAUUAAAGCACUAUUAAAAAAAAAUUAUCGGGUAUGCUCUCGAGAUUAUUUAUUGUUAUUUACUGUGAUCUUACUUCCCAUAUUGCAAACAUUCAAUUUUUGUUUUGCGAUUGGAGUACCGUUCAAAGGUAUGACAAUAGCUUUUAAAAACGAUGAGAUUAAUAUUUUAGAUUGUCAAUAUUCAAAUGUUAAUCAAUGUAUUUUCGACGAAAAUAGUAACCUGAAAAUGAGCUGUGUUAUUAUGAAUUACCUCUCAUCACAUGAUUAUGAACUAGUCGAAGUACAAGAUCGGGAAGUCGCUGAAGCUAGUAUGAAUCAUAAAAAGUAUAUUGCAUUUCUAUAUUUUCCUAAAAAUUAUACUAGUGCUUUGACAAAAUAUAUUAAUGACCGCCAAUAUUUUGAUUUAGAAUCUAGAAUAUUUGCUCAUUUAACGAAUGAAAAUAUUUUAUUUAAAAAUCAAAUUACGAUAGAUGUAUUGCAAUCAUUAAAUUAUCUAAUUAUGGAAGCAUUAAAUAGUUGCUCUAACAAUCCAAUAUCAAUCAGUUUACCUUUGGAGUUCAAUACUUUAUAUGGAAAAGAAGUAAAAUCAUUUGCCAAUGGUAUCAUUACUCUUUUUAUAGCAAUGGUAGCAUUUUAUUUUCCAAGUGUAUUCGCGGUAAGCAUAAUGAUGUCAGAAAAAAUGGACGGACUUCUUAGCAGAUCGAUGUUUGCAGGUGUCAAAAUUUUGGAAUUGAUUCUUUCUAUGUUGUGUAUCACAACAGUGUUACUUUUGUUACAAACAAGUUCCUCCUAUUUUAUUUCAUAUGUUUUAUUUUUGAAUCCAAUACAAAUUACUAAUGGGAUGUUUGUUUAUGUGUUAUUAUUACUAUUAUUGGGAUGGAUUGGCUUCUUAUUUGGUUUACUUACUGCUGUAAUAUCAACUACAAAAUUAGGCGGUGUAUACAUUAUMACCGGAUCAUCUAUGACUCAGUUCAUAUUAUCAGGUGCAAUAUGGCCUUUGGAAGGACAGCCCCAAUUAUUAAGACAAGUAUCUAAGCUACUUCCUAUAAGACUAGUAGGAAAUAUAAUGAACGACAUAGCAAUAAAAGGGUGGASAUUGGAUCAUUCAUCAAUCAUAACAGGAACUUCAUUAACAAUUUUGUACACUAUAUUAUUAAUACUUGUAUUAAUCGUAUUAGGAAAAAUAAAAAAAGACUUAUGGGUUAUAMAGAAAUAGAUAUAGUUACGACAUUAAACACAAAUAAUACUUCUUAGAUAACAAUGUUUGCUUUUUUAAUCACAAAGUUAAUUUUCAAUAUGAUGUGCGUUAACUUAUCAUAUAAUUAACUGUAUUACCUAUACUUUAACUAUAUUUUAUUUUCAAAUAGCUUAGU